AUGCCUGACGAUGUUUCUUUCAAAAGACAACGCGUUUCUAAAGCUUGCGAUUCUUGCCGUCGUAAGAAAGUGAAGUGUGAUGGUAUUCAACCAGCUUGUGGUAAUUGUACAGCUUUUAGCUUGGACUGUACAUAUAAUGACACGACAAAGAAGAGAGGACCUCCAAAAGGUUACAUCGAAGCUAUUGAGACUCGAUUGCAUAGAAUGGAAUCCCUUUUGGGUGGACUGGUUCAUAGUAGUGAUCCUAGAGCUGAAGCUGUUUUGGCCGAAUUAAUGCAAGAUGACUUACGUUCUCAACAUAAAGCUGGAAAAAUUGAUUUCACAAAUCAUCAUAAUAUAAUAUCAGUCAGUACUUCUAAUGAUGGUUCACAACUUGAACAUAAACCUAUUAUUGAUUCAUCUAAUCAAAGUUCUCCAGAUAGAAAAGAUAGUCCGAUGAUGGAUGAUUUAAACGACGUUAUGGGUAUCCUUAGUAUUGAUGAAAACAAUCAAGUUAGAUAUCAUGGAAGGAGUAGUGGACUUUAUCUUUUAAAGAAAAGUGACAAGUACAAUAAUGGUAUUUUAUCAAUCAAAAAUCGUUCAAACUGGGGUCAUACCGGAAAGGUGAUUGCUUCUGCUCAGAAUUUCGACUUGUUAAAACGUCCGGAAUUGACAGAAUUACCUUCACAAGACAUAUCCGAUCAUUUGUUGGAACUUUACUUCACUCAUGUUCACCCGCUAUUACCUUUUGUUUACAAGCCACGCUUUUUUGAUCAGCUAAAAGAUAAAGAUCACUUACCUCAUCUCUUGCUGAAUGCGAUUUACUCAUUUGCUGCUUUAUUCUCGGAUAGACUUGAUAUUCGAAGAGAUCCCGAAGAUCAUACCACAGCCGGUGAAAUUUACUUUGAUCGUGCAAAGUCAUUGCUAGAUAACGAUUAUGAUAAAGCACGCGUAUCUACUAUUCAGGCUUUGUUGAUUUUAUCAUUACGAGAAUAUGGUGUUGGUAAAGUCACAAGAGCUUGGCUUUGGUCUGGUAUGGCUGCUCGUAUGGCUCAGGAUUUAGGGAUGCAUCGUAAUAACGAGAAAUGGCAUCCAAUUAAUUUGUCUCGUGAAGAACGUGAAGAACAGAAACGAGUAUUUUGGGCCUGUUUCGUACUUGAUAGGAUACCAAGUGCUCACUUAGGUCGACCAUUAGCUAUUGAUGAAAAGGAUGUUGAUGCAGCACAUCCUUCAGAGGAAGAAGAUGAUGAACAUGAGUCACUUCCAUUCAAAAUGGAACAUGUAACAGCUUCAUCAACUUCUUCUCCAAUAUCAUCAAGCUGUAGUUUAAUGGGAUCACCGGCGUCAUCAAAUAAUUCACAUCAAUCUGCUAAAGAUCCAAAUUGUCAAUCACAUGCUGUAUCUCGGUUUAAUCAUUUACUUAAACUUUGUGAAAUCAUGGGUCGAGUCAUACAAAACGUAUAUGCUAUUAGAAGCACACAUGUUUCUAUGACAACGGAUACUGUCCUUUCUAUCUUGGAUUCUUCUCUUACUUCAUGGUUUAUAUCUUUGCCUCCACAUUUACAAUACAAUCCUUCUUCAGAUAACCCUUCGGACGCCCCCACACUUGUUCUUCAUAUUAUAUAUUAUUCCGCUUUAAUAUUAUUACAUCAACCUUAUUCGGUAGGACAACAAUCAUCGUAUAACAUUUGCUCUCAAGCCGCGAACGCUAUCACUGAAAUAGCAGAUACGUUAAUGAAACGUAAUAUAUUGAGGCAUACAUUAAAUGUUAUUGUUUAUUGUGUUUUCAUAUCAGGUGUUAUUCACACAUAUAUUGCCGCACAAGAAGACACUUCGGUUUCUCAUCCAGCAAAGGUGAAUCUUGCUAAAUCGAUAAAGAUAUUAAAUGAGUUAAAAAAGUUUUGGCCAACAGCAAACAAAUAUGUAGACCUUUUACACGGAUUAGUAGAUUUAAAAGACGUACAACUAGAUUCUUCACCAAGUUUGAAGAGCAAUAUAAGUACAGACGGAGCUCGUUUAUCGAGAAAGCGUGUUAAUUCUUCCAAUAAUAUUCAAUCUCCUCCACCUGUGGGAGUUGUUGAUAGACAUGUGAGGCAGGCUCGAUAUCGUGCACAACACAGCCAACCUACGCAAUCAAAUAAUGAAAAUAAUGCUUCUGUAGCAUCACAUAAUUUUAAUACAGUUCCUUCUUCGUUAAAUCCGUCUGCGGCCUAUCAACGGUUGCCAUCAGUAUUAAGUUUUAAAAAUGCGUCAAUAACAUCACAACCUACCCAAUUUAAUUCUCCAACAUUUACUCAACAACAGCCAACAAGGCAACAGUUAAGGCAUGAUUUACCCGAGUCAGCACAAAUGUUUAAUAAUACGCUUGGAUUUAGAUACAUGGCAUCAAACGCGAAUGAACCACAAAGUCAACCAGCGAUCGGUGAUACGGAUCCCUAUGCUGCUCCCGGUAUGGCAACGAAUCAUAGUGUCGGAAAUAGUGCAUUUGAAUCAUUAAAUUCUGGAUUUUGGGGUAUCCCUCACAAUGCAGAUUUAGAUGAAUGGUCAUCGUUUAUUGGUUCGCAACAACUACAAUCACAAUUCGCUUCCCCACCAACAUUACCAUCUCAAUCUGCACAUUUACCGAUUUCAAGAGGUGGAGUUCCUUCGGUUCCUUCAUCCACGACUGGCGCGUCUUCAUUACAACACCAUCAACAACAACAGGUACUUAUUCAUAAUGAUGGAAAUGAUGUUAAUAUGUUUGCUGAUAAUCAUACUUUGACAUCUGGCUCUGCUGGAAUGAAUAAUAAUGGUGGAGGCAAGCGAGCUAGCACAACAUUUAAUAAUUCUAGUAGUGGUGGAAAUAGUAGUGGCACAGAUAAUUCAACAGUACCUUUAGCAUAUUAUUAA